UCUUAAGUGUGCCAAAAUAUUUGUCAGGUUUUUUCUGCUGAAAACAAUUUACCACCAAGGGCAUUAUUGCUGAUUGACAACUGUACUGCACAUAAGCCAAUUGACAAGUUACAGUCAGAUGAUGGAAACAUUGCGGCAAUGCUUUUACCACCUAACGUGACAGCUGUUUUGCAGCCCAUGGAUCAAAAUCCCAUAAGACUGGUCAAGUUAGAAUACCGGGCUAAACUGUUAUGGAACAUUGUUGCACAAGAAAACAUUCCGGUUGAGAAUAUUUUGAAAGGACAUUCAAUUCGUGAUGCCAUCUUGCUGCUUAAAUUAGCAUGGGAUGAAUUGCCAAGAGCUGUGCUUAUAAAAGCUUGGAAAAAUAUAAAAGAGUGGGACGAUGAUCAAUACGACAGCGAAGACGAAAUUCCAUUGCUUACAUUGAUUAGAUCAAAUAGUUCUCACGAUGAUACACUUCGAGAGGUACAAUCGUUAUUGUCCAAGGUGGGUGGUGUUGACGUCAGCAGUGAAGACAUCGAAAAUUGGAACGACUAUCAAAAUACGGAAGAUGAUGAAGAUUUCGAAGUGUCUGACAAUGAAGAUGAAGAACCAGUUGCCGAGGAAGAUAUGCAAAAACAGAAAGUCAGUUUUUCCGAAGCAGUUGAAUGCAUCAAUACCUUGAUAAAGUGGUAUGAAAACAAUAAUGAUGCAAAUCAGAUAUCACAUCUUAUUAAUAUGCGUACGAAAAUUGUCAGGAGCUAUUACACAAAAGAAAAGAAACAAACAAGUCUCGACCGCUUCUUUAAACCAGCCCUUGCAAAUUAAUAUGUACAUAUGCGUGUAUGUAUAAUGUGAAAAAGUACAAACUAAAUCUAAGUUAUGUUUUGUUAAGAGUAAAAGUCAGUCAUGCAAAUAAAUUGAACGUAUUAUAUCACCAAAAUUAUGUUUAUUUCCGUGUUUUUUUUUUUUUUUUCAAAAUCGAAACCCCUUUGGAAAAGUUAAUAUUUCGGAAAAGGAAAACAACCUUGGGACAUUUUUGUUAACUUUUUCGCGAUUCUACUGUACAACCAAAAAACUUAUUUUAAAUGCAACGAGACGCAGAAGUUUCUUUUUUUCUAACAGGCUCGUUAAUUAUUUCUCCAACUUUUAUCAAAAUUACUUUUAAACUGACCACAAUUAUCGCAUGAAUCAUGCUUUUUGUGAAGGACCGACCUUAUCAGUAUUA